AUGAAUGAUCAAGAUGGUGUGAGGUUAGUAUUUGGUACAAAAGCAUUUAAUGGGUUAAUCACAUCCAGUUUAAGAUUAGAUUCGAUUGUUAAACCUGAUAUUGGUCCCUCCACUACUCAUUUUACUGCAUUAGAAGAAGCUAAAAGAUUAGCAAGAGAUACCGAGACAAUUAGGAUUAAACUUUAUGACACACUGUCUCAACUUUGUCAAGUUAUAACUCAAUUUUGA